UCGUUCGGAGUUGAGGAAAUAGGGUUUUAGCAUUGUGCAGUGAGAGUGAGAGUAGUAGGAAGAGAGAUCGAGAAGCGAAGCACGAUGAGUUCGGUGAAGAGACGAGAGAGUGUGCGAAGCAGCAGAGAGGAAGAUCAACUGAUAGUGACGCCAUUAGGCGCCGGAAACGAAGUGGGUCGUUCAUGCGUUUACAUGUCCUACAAAGGCAAAACCAUUUUGUUCGAUUGCGGAAUCCACCCUGCGUAUUCCGGCAUGGCCGCGUUGCCCUAUUUCGACGAGAUUGACCCUUCCACCGUCGACGUUCUUCUCAUCACUCACUUCCACUUGGACCACGCCGCUUCCCUCCCCUACUUUCUCGAGAAAACCACCUUCAAAGGCCGCGUUUUCAUGACCUACGCCACCAAGGCCAUUUACAAGCUCCUCUUGUCUGAUUUCGUCAAAGUCAGCAAGGUCUCCGUCGAGGAUAUGCUUUAUGAUGAACAGGACAUCAACCGUUCCAUGGAUAGAAUUGAGGUUAUUGAUUUCCAUCAAACAGUGGAAGUGAAUGGUAUUCGAUUCUGGUGUUAUACUGCAGGCCAUGUCCUUGGGGCUGCUAUGUUCAUGGUUGACAUAGCUGGUGUUCGAGUGCUGUACACUGGAGAUUAUUCACGUGAGGAAGACCGCCAUCUCCGAGCUGCUGAGACCCCACAGUUCUCCCCCGAUGUAUGCAUUAUAGAGUCCACCUAUGGUGUACAGCACCAUCAGCCUCGGCACACACGGGAAAAACGCUUCACUGAGAUUUUCAUGACCUACGCCACCAAGGCCAUUUACAAGCUCCUCUUGUCUGAUUUCGUCAAAGUCAGCAAGGUCUCCGUCGAGGAUAUGCUUUAUGAUGAACAGGACAUCAACCGUUCCAUGGAUAGAAUUGAGGUUAUUGAUUUCCAUCAAACAGUGGAAGUGAAUGGUAUUCGAUUCUGGUGUUAUACUGCAGGCCAUGUCCUUGGGGCUGCUAUGUUCAUGGUUGACAUAGCUGGUGUUCGAGUGCUGUACACUGGAGAUUAUUCAC